UUUACUUUUCUAUCACUCUUUUCUUCUCUCAAAUUUAUUUUCUUCAAUUCAAAAUCCAAAUACCGUGAGUAUCCCACUCCCCGCCUCUUCUUUCAUUAUUGAUACAGCUUUACUAUACUAACAACAAUAUAGGACACCAGUAAGGUCUUUCGUUAACAGUGACGUGUUUUGACUUCCGUUGUUGAUCAAUUUUAGUUGUCAUUGUGAAUUGUUGAAGUAGAUUGACAUCUCUCUCUGUCGUUGGUAGUUGAUGCAUUGAUAUUUAUCUGUUUGUGUUCUACGAUUCUUGACUUGUUUAAGCGUUGGAAAAUAAAUCUGAAUACAUCCCAUGGAUGUGCUGUUUAGCAACCUUUAACUUAAUUUGCAUCUGCACAACUCAUCAGAAAGGUGGUCGAUUUAAAUUAACUAUGAAUUUUGACUUCUCCUCUUGGUUGGCUACAGCAGUUGAUUUGUGUCAGUGUUGAUCUUUGACUUAUACCAACGUUGAACUCUGUUGUUGGUUGUUGUUAGUCGUUGGUUAUUGGUCUUAUUAUUUUGUGGAUCCCUCUCACUUAUGUUGAACUCCGUUGUUGGUUGUUGUUAGUCAUUGGUUAUCAUUAUUGUUCUUCGUGGAUCCCUCUCACUUAGGUUGAACUCUGCUGUUGGUUGUUGUUAGUCGUUGGUUAUUGGUCUUAUUAUUUUGUGGAUCCUUCACACUUAUGUUGAACUAUGUUGUUGGUUGUCAGUCGUUGGUUAUCAUUAUUGUUCUUCGUGGAUCCCUCUCACUUAGGUUGAACUAUGUUGUUGGUUGUUGUUAGUCCUUGGUUAUCAUUAUCGUUCUUCGUGGAUCCCUCUCACAUUUGCUGAACUAUGUUGUUGGUUGUUGUUAGUCGUUGGUUAUCAUUAUUGUUCUUCGUGGAUCCCUCUCACUUAGGUUGAACUCUGUUGUUGGUUGUUGUUAGUCGUUGGUUAUUGGUCUUAUUAUUUUGUGGAUCCCUCUCACUUAUGUUGAACUAUGUUGUUGGUUAUUGUUAGUCGUUGGUGAUCAUUAUUGUUCUUCGUGGAUCCCUCUCACUUAGGUUGAACUCUGUUGUUGGUUGUUGAUAGUCGUUGGUUAUUGGUCUUAUUAUUUUGUGGAUCCCUCUCACUUAUGUUGAACUAUGUUGUUGGUUGUCAGUCGUUGGUUAUCAUUAUUGUUCUUCGUGGAUCCCUCUCACUUAUGUUGACCUUUGUUGUUGGUUGUUGUUAGUCGUUGGUUAUCAUUAUCGUUCUUCGUGGAUCCUUCUCACUUAUGUUGAACUAUGUUGUUGAUUGACAGUCAUUGGUUAUCAUUAUUGUUCUUCGUGGAUCCCUCUCACUUAGGUUGAACUCUGUUGUUGGUUGUUGUUAGUCGUUGGUUAUUGGUCUUAUUAUUUUGUGGAUCCCUCUCACUUAGGUUGAACUCUGUUGUUGGUUGUUGUUAGUCGUUGGUUAUUGGUCUUAUUAUUUUGUGGAUCCCUCUCACUUAGGUUGAACUCUGUUGUUGGUUGUCAGUCAUUGGUUAUCAUUAUUGUUCUUCGUGGAUCCCUCUCACUUAUGUUGAACUCUGUUGUUGGUUAUUGUUAGUCGUUGGUGAUCAUUAUUGUUCUUCGUUGAUCCCUCUCACUUAUGUUGACCUUUGUUGUUGGUUGUCAGUCAUUGGUUAUCAUUAUUGUUCUUCGUGGAUCCCUCUCACUUAUGUUGAACUCUGUUGUUGGUUGUUGUUAGUCGUUGGUUAUUGGUCUUAUUAUUUUGUGGAUCCCUCUCACUUAUGUUGAACUAUGUUGUUGGUUGUUGUUAGUCGUUGGUGAUCAUUAUUGUUCUUCGUGGAUCCCUCUCACUUAUGUUGACCUUUGUUCUUGGUUGUUGUUAGUCGUUGGUUAUCAUUAUCGUUCUUCGUGGAUCCCUCUCACAUUUGCUGAACUAUGUUGUUGGUUGUUGUUAGUCGUUGGUUAUCAUUAUUGUUCUUCGUGGAUCCCUCUCACUUAUGUUGACCUUUGUUCUUGGUUGUUGUUAGUCGUUGGUUAUCAUUAUUGUUCUUCGUGGAUCCCUCUCACUUAUGUUGAACUAUGUUGUUGGUUAUUGUUAGUCGUUGGUGAUCAUUAUUGUUCUUCGUGGAUCCCUCUCACUUAUGUUGAACUAUGUUGUUGUUGGUUGUCAGUCGUUGGUUAUCAUUAUUGUUCUUCGUGGAUCCCUCUCACUUAGGUUGAACUAUGUUGUUGGUUGUUGUUAGUCGUUGGUUAUUGGUCUUAUUAUUUUGUGGAUCCUUCUCACUUUUGCUGAACUAUGUUGUUGGUUGUUGUUGGUCGUUGGUUAUCAUUAUCGUUCUUCGUGGAUCCUUCUCACUUAUUUUGACCUUUGUUAUUGGUUCUUGUUGGUUGUUGGUCGUUAGUUGUUGGUAAUUGGUCUCAUCAUUCUGUGGAUCCCUGUCACUCAUGUUGACAUUUGUUGUUUGUUCUUGGUUGUUGUGGUUCGUUAAUGAUAUUGGUACUAGGUUUCAUUAUGGUUAGCUCUUUUAUCGACCUGCACUUGUGAGACGUAGUAAAUGUCUAAGAGCUCUACAGUUAUCUCAAGCCUCCAUUCUCCUUUGGAUGAACUUGGAAGUAUGACGUGCUGUUAUGAGGUACAUAUUUAGUUCGGGACAGGAAGUCGGGCUGCCAGGGUAGAGUACACAUGGUCCAUUUUGAUCUGUAGGUGUAUUUGUAAGCGCCCAACGAGGCGUCCAUACAUUGAGGUAUGGGCGUAGUCUGAGGGUGUGCGGCAAGUGCUGGGGUGGGUCUCCAGAGCCGGUCUGCUAGUGUGCGGACGUCACUCGGAUCCACUUUUACGAGUGGAGAUCGAGUCGAUGGCCAGCACUAGAUUCUGUCUCUGGACGCUGCUUCACCUAUGUGCCGUACACGUAUCAGCCUUGCUGGGUGACUAGCUAGCCAUUUGGCCGGGUAGUGUGUAGCAUGCACUGGGGCAGCCCUUCUAGGGGUUGGUCUGGUAGUGCAUGGGUGUCGCUGGGGUCCACCACUACGGUUGGACCACUAGUUGAUGACCUGCACUCCACACCACCUCUCCUUGAAGGACUCCCAAAGGUUUAUGUCACUGGGGUCCAUCACUACGGACCUAAUAUUAAUGUGGUUUUGAAUUCAAUAGGCUAUAUUUGUAAUAGAUCUAGCAUUUAGUUUCCUAAAAUAUUAGGAUAAUAGUAAUGAAAAUUGAACAGCUUAUCUA